CAAUGUUGCACCAUGAGCCCCAUGUUAUUUAUGUUGUACGAUGUACAGUAGGCGCUCCGGGAGUAUUCGUACCAAGAUGACGCACAACCUGAACAGCCCUGACCUGGUACACAUACUAUGUUCAGGUCGUGCGCCAUCUUGGUACAAAUCCUUCGUGAGCACCCAAUAGUAUUCAAUGGUUAAAUCAGUUAUAUUAUUCAAUACAAAGUAGACCAUCGCACAUAGAUAUUUUAUAUUUUUGUCUUUUAGAGAUUUUACGCAUUGUGUUAUGAACACGUUUCAAGAAGAACAUUUUUGACGCGAGUUGUUGGAGAUGAGGUUUUGUAUUUGGGCUCUGGACAGGAAGAAGCGAAAAAUCAACCUUAAAUUUCAUUGGCACGAUUAGACACUAAUUUACAGGCGCUAAUUUACUGCCAACGCCGCUAAGAUUUAAAACAAAUUAAUGUUUGUGCGUGACGGCAUUCGUAUAUCUUCGAAAACAAACACGCUAUUUCCGGAAUAAUCUAUGCAUCAUCGAUAUGACGGAUAAAUGAGUACACAACGAAGUAAAGUAUUAGAUAUAAAUAGAAAGCAUAUAUAUAUAUAUAUAUCGUUUUUCAUUUAAUAUUGUUUGUAAUAGCAUUUUCUGAAUUCUAUUUCAAACUUGGGCUAAUUAUAUACAUGCCUAACAAAGUGUUCAUCUCCUUUUUCUUUGAUUAUACCCGAUAAUAUGAUUUAGACUGAGUUUAUGAAAUAUGCACCUGUAAGUUUGAAAGCAUCAUAAAAAUGACUACUACCUCAGAAGAACUGCAAACGUCGGUUCCAUACAAAUAGCGUUUUAGUGAGGCCAGGCGGACAAGUUUCAUUGUUUGUGAGUUGUGAUUGCCGUAUUGUGUUUCCAAAAAGUGUAACCUAAUGCAUAAUAUUUUUGCAUAACUUUGUUCUGAAAAUUAUUUGAAGGAGAUUUUAAUAUAGAAGACGGCAAAAAGCUUGCAAGGGAGUUGUAAAUUUUCUAUAAAAAGGGGAAAUUUUAGAUAUGAAUCUUAGUUUGAUAUCGCUGAUUACAGGUAUUCGUUAAGAUCCUGUUACGCUCAAGCAGUUAGGGGUGAUUACAUGAUGUGGUUAUCAGACACUGCGCGCGUUAUGCUAUGAGGCUUGAACACUAAUUCUUGCUAUUACUUAUCCUGAGAACGGUAGUCAAAACAUUCAUGCAACCAUUCUUUUUCGGGAUUUGUUAUUAGUAAGCCAGAACGCGUAAGCAAUCCCUGCAUUUGCUGUUUUGCAAAUAUUGUUUGCAAAAUAUAGUUGUGAUCCCGUUUAACCAUGUUUAUACAUGACCCACGCCUAGCAAACUAACAAUUACUAGCUUAAGUUUUCAUGAGUUCCAGUCAUGCGUACCUAGAUCUACAAUCUCGUUUUUCGUCGCGACCGAGUGCAUUUAGCAAUGAAAAUUGUAUGUAAAGUUUAAAAGGUUGGAACCAACAUGAAUUUUUCUGAUGCACAAAAUACAACAGGAUACUUAUGGAUAGAUUCGCGGAAAUUCUGCCGAAAUCAAUGGAAAAGUGUAUUAAACUGGAGCAGAGAAGAUGAAAUAACUAUUUAUUUUUGGAUUCCAGUUCUCCUCACUUCAGUACCUUAUUGGCUCUGUAAUUUACCACUUCUUGUUAUGGAUAUGACCGGAAAACCUUCAUUUCUUUAUCAGUUUAAAAUACAAGGAGAUCAACAUAAGAUCACCUGGAGUCAUCUAAAAAUUCUUUUCCCAGUUGUACUGUUGAAUCAACUUAUAACAAUUAUAACUCUUUAUGGGUUUUACUUGAUCUGCUUAUGGAAAGGUUCAAUAACUUGUCAGAUUGAAUUACCUACCUUAUUUUGUGGUAUUAUGGAAUUUGCAUCCUUUGUCGCUGUAGAAGAAAUAUUAUUUUAUUAUGGACAUAGAUUUUUACACGUUCCAAAAGUUUACAAACGAAUACAUAAAAUGCACCAUCAAUGGAAAGCGCCAUGUAGUAUGUCAACAUUUUACAGCCAUCCAGUGGAACACAUUAUUUCGACGAUGAUUCCAGCCUUAACAGGCCCCUUCAUAUUUGGAAGCCACAUAUUAGUUGCAUACAUCUGGUUUACAGUUAUUGUUCUCAACACAGUAAACGCUCACAGCGGAUAUCAUUUCCCUGUGAUCCAAUCAAGCGAAGCUCACGAUUAUCACCAUUUAAAAUUUAACGAAAUGUUCGGAGUGUUGGGAAUAUUGGAUCAUCUACAUAACACUGACACCAAGUUUCGGUUAUCCAUACAAUGCAAAAGAAAUCAGACAUUUUUCAGUCUCACGCCCAUCAGAAAACUAAUCCCGGACUUAAACUGCAAGAGGCCGAAGCAAGAAUAAUCAACUCGCAAUUGUGUUUCGGUGCAAAAAUCUUAUAGUUGGUGUAGUUUGUUGGUGGUUCGUUCAUGAUAGUAUCACAAGUGUAACAAGAGAAUAAUGCUCAAUUAUAUUGACAAGAAGGUCAAAUGACUAAUAUAAUAUAAAAUGUCAGUCAAAUUUUGAAAGUAUUAUACCGCGUAUCAUGAGAAAUUGGUGAAUAAAAAAAAAUCGGAAAAAUUGGGUGAAAAAUAUUGAGCCUAAUAAGACUUAUGUGCCUGAUAACGACGUCUUCUAUCGUUGAACUCUGAAAUCAUAAGUU